CAUUGCAACAUUUUUUAUCUUUGGACACGAGUUUUACAUUAGCCAGCAUGGCCGCCUUGCGUGCAGCCAAACAAGCUAUGAGGAGAGAAAUAAAGAAACGAGUAGCUGCGUUGGACGAUCAAGAGAAACUUCGCCAGUCUCGAGUCAUUUCGCAAAGGUGGGUGGUGUUGGCCCCCUUAGGGGGUCUUACCCGGCCAUGGACCCCCAGCCCACUCCCGAGGACCCCUGGAGCCCCCCCUCCAUCAGCACCUGGUAACCCGUGCGUGGCUAGACAGCCUGUGGAGCCAAAGCCUGAUUUACUCUUCAAACACCCCAAGUAUGCCAGGUGUGAGCGCAUCGCUGUGUUCCUCAGCAUGCACGACGAGGUGAGAACAGAGGAGAUCAUUCAGGACUUGUUUAAGCACGGUAAGACCUGCUUUAUGCCCAAGUACUUGACCCAGGGCACCAGUAACCACAUGGACAUGGUGAAGCUCACCAGCAUGGAGGAUAUGAUGUCACUGCCUCUGACUUCCUGGAACAUCAGACAGCCUGCCGCCGACGACAACACCAGAGAGGAGGCCUUGGAGACAGGUUAG